AUGUCAACAGUUGUGAGCGAAUUGAACGAGAUCGAGUUCAGUUUUCGCGACGAGGGCUCCAUGGCUAGGAGAACGGCGCAUAACGGUUACAACACCAGCGAAAUAGACGAUACAAGAGCACAAAAGGUCGCUUGGAAGAGCUUAACGUCUGACGUCGUGGCAAAGGUACAAGAGAUUGACAAAGAAGAUGUUGGUACCAUAACAAAAAGGAGCGAGUUGGCAACAACGGUGCCAAAUGACGUAGAGGAAAAAGGCUUAAGGUCAAAAAAAUUCAACGAUGGUCGUCCCCUUGACGUUAAACAAGGAGAUCCCUUGGACGAAACAGGUCGAUAUAUUAUUCAAAAUGUGCCGAUUGUGAAACAUUCUACAUUACCCCUUGGUUUUUUUAUUCGUCAAGGCGAUGGGUUACUCAGAAAGUAUGGGAUAUUUGUUUCACGUAUUGCUAAAGGGAGCGUAGUCGAAGCGAAUGGACUUCUCAAAGUUGGAGAUGAAAUUGUUGCGGUAAAUCAUGUCGAUGUUGAAGGUUUUUCUCUGGAUGAUGUAGUGCGACUUAUUCAGAUCCCUCGAAAAUUAAUUUUGACGAUCAAAACGAACGCCUCUGUUUUCAAGCGAAGCUCAUCGGUGGGGGAAUCUUAUGGCUAUGUAACUACAAACAAUAGAAAAACGGAAAAAGGAUCAUCGCGGGAGUAUAGGCCUAAAAAUAAGGCUUCCCGCGCGAGUGACUACAGCGAGGCGAGCAAACAUAGCAAACAAACUAUGCAAAUAGAGACGGAAGCUUUUAAUGUCGAUAAAAAUGCAAAUGAGUUUCGGGACUUUUCAAGAUCAUCGGUGCGUUCGGAGGGAUCAUCGACUAUCGAGGACCUUAUUAACGCGAUUCGAGCGCAGAAUACUCGAUUCCAGCACGCUAAACGAAGUUUAGAACACUCUGGAAGUUUUCCGCUGGAUCAAAGCCAGUUAUCUAAGUCGGGGGAAGAGGCACGAAGUGUUAAGAGCUCUCAGACGAGACAGACAGGACGAUUGCCAAGAAAUCCUGGGAUUCCUACGAGAAAGCCAUCAGCCGAUAGCAUAAUUUUGUCGAAGAGAACUCCGCCGACCGCGGCCCGGAGAUCCAGCACUUUAACUCCUGUCACAACGGUCAACCUUAUCUUCGACGAUCCCGACGAUUACAAGUCUGCAAAACCUUCCAGUCAAAAAAUUAAUGCCGAAAAAGACAGCAUCUCUGAAGACGAUUCCGUUAACGUCAUUUCGGCGAUAAUGAAUUCACGAAGUCUUCCGGGCUCCCCAGGAGGGAGCCCGAAGAUGCGACGAAGACUUCCAUCUGUGCCUUCGGACAGUGGUAGGUCGAGUCGGUCCGGGAGCGAACGCUCAGUUGGUGAGAGUGGCAAUGAGAGUUCUGCUUCGUCUUCUCCCACAGCUGCUAAUCCGCUCUUGACUGUACCAGUUGAACCGAGGAGCCGAAGAAUGCUCCCUACACCACCCCCGUCUCCAGUGGCCGCCCACAAAGAGUCACCAAGCGUGACAGAACAGAAAGGUCAAUUAUCUUCAGAAAGACAAGACAGUAGAAAGUCCAGUCGAAAGGGUGGGAGUGGACUGUCGGAUAGUGAAUCACCGGAAGAUAAAUCGCCGACGCUGUCACCUUCGCGGAGGGAUUCCGGAUUGUCGCUAAGCCAAAUUUUCAAUGCUUUGGCCUUUAGGAAUCACUCAGAUACAAAUGAUUUGACGGAAAAGAGCAAAGAUAGGCAUGGAGAGAGGACUGAAUCUUAUAAAAUCCCUUCUUCGGCUCAACAGUCCGUCCUUAAAGGUGAGACCCUGCACGAAAAAAUGUUUGAUCAGCAGAAAAGUUCAGUGCUGCUUCAAUCGCGUUCCUCCGGCGGAUUACAGCCACCAAGCCUUCCCCGGAGACUUGCUAGUCGCUCAUCACAGCCGAACUUGUUAGUAGCAGUUCAAGAGGAACAAACCAAGCCAAAUGGAAAUCUCUCGCUUGCUACAAACUCAAGGUUUUCACCUCUUAGCAUAAGGCGCGCUAGCUUUGCUUCGAUCAGUGACAAGAGCUUAACCAAUCAGCUUGCCGAUAAGGACAUGACUGACAAUGAUUUGCUUAGAAGCGAGGCUGAAGAUGGCUUCUUGAUAUUUCCGGAUGAUUAUAGUGGACACAAUUUGUUAUCUUCACAUGCUGUCUCCGGAAUGGUCUCGCUACACAUCAUCAAAGCGACGAAUCUUCAAUUUGCAGACAAGAAACUGUUAGAGAAAAAGAAAAAAGUGUUUUGUGCUGUCGAGGUGGAUUUUGAGCGAAAAGCUUUCACGAGUUCUAAAAAGGCAUCGAAAAUCCUAAUGUGGGAUGAGAUGUUCGAAGUGGAAAUCCAACAUGGCCGUGAAGUGUGCCUUUCUUGUUUUACUUCCAACCACGAAUAUGAUAAACCCGUGGGUAAGGUGUCCUUCAAUCUUUCGCCCUUUGUGCGCGCUGGAAAGCAACACAAGGUUUUGUUCCGAAUGAAUCCACAAGGCGCAAUUCACAUCGAGAUGGAGUUUAUUGAGAUGAAGACACUGCUCAAACGAGCUCCGUCCGACAGAAAAUCGGGCGUUUUCGGCUUCCAGCUCAAUGUGACUUCGAGAAACGAGAACGCGAGCGUCCCGUUAGUCGUACGCAAAUGUGUGGAGGAGAUCGAAAAACGGGGCCUGUCUGCCCAGGGUCUGUACCGGAUUUCCGGUAACGCUCGACGUAAAAAGCAGUUACAUGCGCAGUUCGACGAGGACAGCACUGCUGUUGAUUUGUCAGAGGAGAAUUACCCCGAUAUAAAUAUCAUCGCGGGAAUUCUUAAGGAUUAUCUCCGGGAACUUCCCGAGCCCCUGAUAACCGAAUCUCUGUCCAAACUUCUGAUCCGAGCAGCGCAGGAUCAUGUUCAAGACCAGGACCAGGUCUCCCAGAAGCGUCUUCUUUCAAAAUUUCUCGUCCAGUUACCGCAGAACAACCGGGAAACCCUGGUGUAUUUGUUGAACCAUUUUAUGCACGUGAUCGCUGAGAAGGACACCAACAAAAUGGACGCGCACAAUUUGUCGGUGUGUUUCGGGCCCGUGCUUUUAUGUCCCCCGGCGAACCUCACCGAGGGCAAAGACUUGCUGGACCUGAAGCUCCAUAUUAAGGUCGUCGAGUUUCUCUUCUACCUUUGGAAGAAUGCUGGUAUGGCCAGUACUUAGAUAAAACUGACUUUGUCUUUUGGAGAUUAAGACACCCUCUUUGCUUUAUACCCUAUUAUUUUUAGUCAUUUCUUUAUACUACAAAACUUGACGAUCGUUUUGUUCAAUUUCCAUAUUGCUACCCACAACGUGAUAUGCAAUAAAAUAACAGCCCACGAGGGUCUGUUUUUUUUUUCUCUUACAGAUUGUAAAACGAGCGUAGUAAAAUGUUUGAAAACCCUCGCGUCAUGUCUCCUUACGUACGAGACACGAUAUUUCGCCAUUCUCGCUGUUGUUGUGGCCUUUGUAUCCCUGAGAAACUCAAAAGGCCACCUUAGCCUUGUUGUUAUCGAUCAUUUCAUUAUAUCCUUGUACCGCCGCUAUCUAUCACCCUCCUGAUUGGACAAGUUUGCGUGACAAUUCUCUACCUUUCUGCAUCGUAUUAUGGAGAAUACCCAACGUAUCAGGCGCGUCGAAAGGGUUGAGUCCGGCCAAUUUUUUCCACGCACAGAGCGUAUUUUUACCCCUAACACCCCCCACCCCCCUCUUAAAGCCUAUUUCAGAGCUGCCCAAAGCCAACCUCGUAUACAGCUAUUUCGAGAAAGGCUGUCGGAAAAAAAGUGCACGCGACAAUCCCGAAAGGUAAUGCGGGAUAUGACCAAUAAAAUGUGCCUGACACCGUAGCUGUCGAACCUACUUUUGUUGCGUUCCUUUAGCACUCGCAAACAAACUUCCAUGGCCUCCUGAGCCAUUCUUUCAAAUUUCUUUGAAGAAAAGUGAACUCAAAACUACCCACAAUACCUUUCGGGAUUGUCGCGUGCAAUUUUUCCGACAACCUUUCUCGAAAUAGCUGUAUUUAUGAACAUGUCAGCCAAAUAAAGUUCCUAAGGUCUGUCUUCAGAUGAAAGGCCCUGGGAACGAGGUUGGCCCUCAACCUCUUCAUCAAAACGAGGCCUGCUCCACGAUCUCUCAUAUCAAAGAGAAUUAAAAGAAUUUUCAUAGGAAAGGAAAAGCACCAGAUGUAACUAAUUCAUAGUUUUGCCAUCCUGAAAGCAGUGGCGGAUCCAGGCGAGGGGCCCGGGGGCACGCCCCCCCCCCCCCCCUCUUUUGCCCCAGACCAAAAUAAAAUGAGCGACCGCCCCCCCCCCUCCCUACCUGGUCCGCUUCUCUCCCCCCCCCCACCCCCCCCCCCCCCCCUUCCUUAUGUACAGGUCUGGAUCCGAACUGGAAAGUUCACCGCUUUCGUUACUCGGCAGCCGGGUUUCUAUGGAACGUGGAGCAAUAAUCCAUAAUGAUAACUCUAUUGGGUGAUUUACACUCCUCUUCCACUUUCAAUCUUUCCAGUCUGCUUUAAAAUUAGUGCUUAUUUCACAGUUUUGGUGAAUCUGCCUUUCAAUUACUUGUCAGUUCUAUUGUCAGGUAAGUUGCUAAGCAGCAAAACAAAUGGAUAUCACUACCACACGCUUUUCAGGUCUGAUCAAAACCCUAAUUUAUACCCUUUCAAAUUAGUUUAGCCCGUUUCACGUAAAAUUACUAAUUUUUAGCAAAACCCUCCUUGUUUUCUUUUGCUUGUUUGUUUCGUUGCCAAGUAACAAGGCGGAAAAUCAGAGAGAUUCCGAAAGCAUUCGAGGAGCAAAAUAAUUCUCUCUGUAGAUGUUGUAGUUAAUUUUUUAUCUCAGGUAAUUUUUGUUUUUCUUUUGUUGAUGAGUAUGGUAAUGUAUGCUAAUAAAGUUGAAACAAACGAAAAAUAAAAAAUAAUUAACUACAACGUAGAUGUAGAAGCUUUCAUCCAAAUGAAAUUAGCCUCGUUUUAUUUGUUCAUUAUUGUUAGUUUUCUAUGAAGGCCCGCUUUGUUUGUUGUUCAUUUCGUUGCCAGGUAGCUAGGCGGAAUAUCAAAGAGAUGUCAGGGGCCUUGGACCAAUCAAAUUCAUAGUUUUCAUGGGGAUUUCUUACUGAUUUCAUGGGCUAUUUUCCUGCACAAAUGUAAAAUUCUUUUCCAUGAUUCGAUUCGUUUUUCCCCACCUGUUGCACUUACUGCCUUUCUACAGCCUGUUUUUUGCAGAUAGCAAGAUAAGGAAAAACUACCGUUUCAGGUAAGGAAAUUUUGCUUUAUAAUGCGUAUCCUUGUGCAAAAAAUUGGAUCCUUUUGCAAAAAAUAGAUGGUAGGUGAUUGCCCCUAAUUUCAAAGCCAUUUCUUGUCAUCAGUUGUUGUUUUUCUCUUAUCCUCUAGUUUAUUUUAAAGUAUUGAUAUAUUGAUUCGCCUUCUUUUCUGGCCAAGGGGCACUGGAAAAAAAAACGAUAAAUUUUUAAAUUUAGUUUCUUCACGGACAACCACAUCAUAAAAAUAUUUCUAAUUUUUCGGAGCUUAUCACAAUUGAAGUAAAGUCAGCUUAACGUCUUGUGGCUUUAAAAUGUCCGGCAAUUUUCAAGGAAAUUUUUCGAAACAUUCUAUUUCCAUAGAAUCGGCAGUUCAGUUCUUUAUUACCUGACAGAAGCGAAAUUGCUUGUUCUUUAAAGGUCAGCAAUCUAAGGGUCAGUAUAUAUAUAUAGGAAUGAUUUGGCGUUAGUUAAGUGAUUAAAAAUGCUUAAAAGCAACACCUGUGCAGCAAAUAGUUUUUUAUCAAAUCAACGAGAACGGUUUUCUAGGUAUGAGACUGAGCUAAAACAUAUUGUUUCAUUGCCUUGUCAGUUUGUCGGCGCGUAAGUUUUUUUUUUCUAGUGUUCAAAAACAUUUUGCGACAAAACAUCCCGGCCCGUAAUUUUUAAUCUCGCCUACCAUCAACAGCCGUGUGGUACAAGGAAUAGUUACAUAAGGGAGGUCUAUCCUUUCUUGAUCUGUUUAAAGCACAAAAAACACAAUUUGAAUACUUGAAAUUUAAUAGGAUUAGGAUGGUCCUCUCAGAUCCCGUUAUUUGCUACUAAUCACCAGUUAAAACCUUUGUACGGUGGUGAGUGGCAUCGUUAAAUUUCGUUUCCUGUUUUUUUACAUUAGAGACCAAGCGUUGGCGUUAUGGCAAAUUCAUCGCCUCUUUCCGCUAGUAACCAUAGCAACGCAACUAGAGAGGAACUGAUUGACAUACUGAGUACUGGUCAAAAAGUAAGUCUCGCGAUACCUUACAUCAUUAUCGAGCCUUUGGCGCUGGGCCUUAACUUUCUCGCUCUUCUGAUCAUAUGGAAGCAAGAAAAGUAUGCUCGCAAAGCAAGCAAGAACCCG